GCAGGGUGUGAGACCAUCGCGACUACAUUGUUUGAUUGCGCUGCUCGCAGUGACUGUUUUUGCCCUCCUGUUGAUACAAAUCACGUCUAACAGAGUUCUCGCUCAAAUGAAGAUCUCUGGACAUCUGCUGUCGCUUUAAAUCGUUAGAUAUCGCGUUACUCCGGCUGAAGACUGCUUAGCGCGUUAGCCGCUAACAAGAUUCACACCAAAACUGCACAGAUAAAGACAGAUUCAUUCACAGGAGAGAUAGCAGGGGACGUUUGGAUGGACCCUUCACCGGCGGCAGUGUAUUCCUGAAACGAGUUUGAAGCGGCACACGGGAGCCUCUCUGAGGCCCAUAACCAGCGCAGGAUGUCCAUCACGAACACCCCCACCAGUAACGACGCCUGUCUGAGCAUCGUGCACAGUCUGAUGUGUCACAGACAGGGCGGCGAGAGCGAGACGUUCGCCAAGCGGGCCAUCGAGAGUCUGGUGAAGAAACUGAAGGAGAAGAAAGACGAGCUGGAUUCGCUCAUCACCGCCAUCACCACCAACGGCGCUCAUCCCAGCAAGUGUGUGACCAUACAGAGAACACUAGACGGCCGUCUGCAGGUGGCUGGUCGUAAAGGAUUCCCACAUGUCAUCUACGCACGGUUAUGGCGAUGGCCGGACCUUCAUAAGAACGAGUUGAAACACGUCAAGUACUGCCAGUUUGCCUUUGACCUGAAGUGUGACAGCGUGUGUGUGAACCCUUACCAUUACGAGAGAGUCGUGUCUCCAGGAAUAGACUUAUCAGGACUCACACUGUCAGGAUCUGGUCCGUCGGGUCUGAUGGUGAAGGAUGAGUAUGAUUAUGAAGGCCAGCAGUCUCUGUCUGGCACUGAGGGACACAUGCAGACGAUUCAACACCCUCCCUCUCGAGCGGUGGCCCCGGAGCCCUUCAACACGCCCUCCAUGCUCCCGCCAGCAGAGGGCAGCAGCUCGGCCUCCACCUCCGCCUUCUCCAGCAUCGCAGUGGGAUCCACAACUCAGCCCAAUAGCGUUCUCUCAGGAAGCCACAGCAGCGAUGGUCUGCUGCAGAUUGCCUCUGGGACGGGGCAGGGCUCACAGCAGAAUGGCUUCCCCCCCGGCCAGCCCUCCACGUACCAUCACAACGCCAGCUCCAGCUGGACGAGGAACAGUAACUUCCCCCCCACUGUGCCUCACCGUGAGAACGGCCAUCUGCAGCAUCAUCCGCCCAUGGCCCACCCAGCACACUUCUGGCCUGUUCACAAUGAAAUCGCGUUCCAGCCUCCGAUAUCCAACCACCCUGCUCCAGAGUACUGGUGCUCCAUCGCUUACUUCGAGAUGGACGUUCAAGUGGGCGAGACCUUCAAAGUUCCCUCGUCCUGUCCCAUCGUGACCGUGGACGGGUAUGUGGACCCCUCCGGAGGAGAUCGCUUCUGCCUCGGCCAGCUCAGCAACGUCCACAGAACGGAGGCCAUCGAGAGAGCGAGACUGCACAUCGGGAAGGGCGUCCAGCUGGAGUGUAAAGGCGAGGGGGACGUUUGGGUUCGCUGUCUGAGCGAUCACGCCGUCUUCGUCCAGAGCUACUACUUGGACCGUGAAGCCGGUCGAGCUCCUGGAGACGCUGUGCACAAGAUCUACCCCAGCGCAUACAUCAAGGUGUUUGAUCUGCGUCAGUGUCACAGACAGAUGCAGCAGCAGGCGGCGACGGCACAAGCAGCGGCGGCCGCUCAAGCAGCAGCGGUGGCCGGAAACAUCCCGGGCCCCGGAUCCGUGGGAGGAAUCGCUCCUGCUAUCAGUUUGUCUGCGGCGGCUGGGAUCGGUGUGGAUGACCUCCGCCGGCUCUGCAUCCUGCGCAUGAGCUUCGUCAAGGGCUGGGGUCCUGAUUACCCCCGACAGAGCAUCAAGGAGACGCCCUGCUGGAUCGAGAUCCACCUGCACCGCGCGCUGCAGCUGCUGGACGAGGUUCUGCACACCAUGCCCAUCGCUGACCCCACGCCGCUGGACUGAGACCCGACACACCAGGACCGCCGAACUGUGCGAGCGCUGCAGAGACACCAACAGGGUUCAGGGGUCAACGUCACGGCUGCGUUUAUUUCAUUUGCUUCUUUUGUUUCUGCCCGUGUUGCUUAUGUUCUUCUAACAUUCAGAUCUUGACGUGCACAGGACCCAGUGUUGUAGUAACCGAACCGAUCAUCUAAAGCUUCAGAAGUGUUUGCAUGAAGCUGAUGUGUGUUUGCCAGCUCUGCAGAGGUGCAUGCUGGGAUUCAUUUGAGCUGUGUAAAUGAAUUUGUUCUUAGACGUUUGCUUCAUGCUGUUGCUUCACUAGAGUCUCCCAUUGUGUCCGUUUCAAUCAGACGGUCUAAUUUCACUCUUUUUUUUUUCUUUUCUACUUUGUUUUGGUCAUCAUCUCUUAAUGCAGACCGGUCUCUCUCCGGCCGAACGCAGUGGUCUGGAAGUAUCAUGUGACAUCAUUUCCUUUCUCUUGAGUUGCAGUGUCUGGGUUAAAGAGGUUUGGACUCACGGUUGUAUGAGAAGAUGUGCGUUUCUUUUGAGCUUCUCACUAGCAGCUAAUUAGCUUGACUUAUUUUUCUUUUUUUUGCUAGUUUCUGACUGCGUUCUGUUAUCCAUCAUAGCAAGAUGCAUUAACUCAUUCAUGCACAACCAAUAACAACCAGUGAAUGCUGAAUGCUUUUUAUUUUCUUUUAGCCAUGUAUUUGUUUUAGGACUUUAUGUAUGUUUCUUUUUCUUUCCAUCUUUCAGUUUCUCUUCUUUGCAGCCUGUGAAUAAAAAUGCAGCUCUUUUA